UGUACUAUUCCAACUACCUUUCCCCGGUAGAAGAAAUGUGGAAAAUUGAAUGGAGGUUUCGAGUGAUAGGAGAAAUACAGUUAUAAAUCAGCUUUAUUUUUCCAUUAUUUUCACACACAGAGAGCAAGUUGCUUAGACGAUUAGAGAAUUGUUGUGCAAUCUGCAAUGAAGAUGGUGAUGAGGAUGAUGAUCUUGCUGCUGUUAUUAGUAACGAUGAUGCCCUGCUCCUACGCAUUUAAUGUGGAUGAGAGGAAUUCCCUGUUAGAUUUCAAACAGGGCCUCAACUUCACUUCUUCGUUUAACACACUGCAAUCCUGGAAGGGAUUUAACUGCUACUCAUGGGAAGGAAUCACCUGCCACCCAAUCACCACUCACGUCAUUUCCUUAGAUCUCAGUCCUCAAUCCCUUAAAGCCUCCACCACAUCAUGGCCAUUCAUGUCGUGGAGGGAACUUCAUGGGGGACUACUCCAACUGCGGCAUCUGGAGCACUUGGACUUUACUGCGAAUGCUUUCUUCCCUUGUCUUCCCAUCCCUUCACAAUUUCAUAAGCUCAUCAAUUUGAGGUAUUUAAGCUUGUAUAGCUCUAACGUUUUUGGCCAGAUUCCAAAAGAGAUCGGUAAUAUGUCCAGCUUAACAUAUCUUGAUCUGUUUAAUAAUUCUCUGAAUGGCACUCUUCCAACAUUUUUCGGUAAGCUGUCAAAACUUACAUUUUUUGGUUUGAGUUAUAAUUCUUUCAGUGGUACUAUCCCAACAUUUUUGAGUAAGCUGUCAAAACUUACAUUUCUGGGCUUGAGUUCUAACUCUUUGAAUGACACCAUCCCAAAAUCUUUGAGUAAGCUAUCAAAGCUCACAAAACUUCAUCUUAGUGCUAACUCUUUGAGUGGCAUGAUCACCCAAACUUUUGGUAAGCUGUCAAAGCUUACAUAUCUUACCUUGAGGUCUAACUCUUUGAGUGGCACCAUCCCAACAUCUUUGAGUAAGCUGUCAAAUCUCACAUAUCUUUAUCUUUAUUCUAACUCUCUGAAUGGUACAAUUCUAACCUUCUUAGGUAACCUCACCAAACUCACACAUCUUGAUCUUAGCGACAACCAACUAAUCGGAACUUGCACAAUUUUGUUUUUUGAUAAAAUGCCCAAUAUUGUAUUGCUGCGGCUUUCAGGAAAUAUGUUCACUGUAAAAAUCAAUGUCAAUUAUAUUCCUAAUUUUCAACUUGAAGUCCUACAUUUGAGGUCUUUAAAGGGAAUUUUCCAGCUUUCAUUUCAACUCAAUAUUCCUUACAUUCACUACAUUUGUCUCAAAACUUUCUCUGAGGAAUAUUCCAGAUUGGCUCUGGUAUUCUAUGCCUCUUUCUUAUCUCAACCUCUCUUGUGACCAAUUUGGAGGUGAGUGACAUCCACAUUCUAUCUGUGAGUCAAGUAAUUUGCAACUUUUAGGCUUGUCAAAUAAUGGGCUUAGAGGUAAGAUUCCCCCAAGUUUAGAACAAUGCUCUGAUUUGACCAUGUUAAAUCUAGAAAAGAAUUAUUUCAAGGGUACAAUUCCAAAUAUAUUUGGGAAUAUGACUUAUUUGGAAACAUUGAAACUAGGUCUAAAUGGGUUAUAAGGGAACAUACCAUCAUCCCUUGGAAAUUGUAGUUCUUCAGAAAUCCUUGAUCUAAGGAAUAACAAUAUUCAUGGGGUAUUUCUACUUGGUUGAGAAGCUUGAAAAACCUUCGUUCCCUAGUAAUAAAAUCUAAUAAAUUGAUUUAUUGAAUUUGAAAAAUCUUCGGAUAUUGGAUAUGUCAAGCAACAAGUUUUCAGGCAUUAUUCCAGAAGGCUUCAUGAACUUGAGCACAAUGGUAAAUGAGACAGAAAACAUAGAAACUCUUGAAUUUACUACAAAAGAUGGAAGCAGUUAUAGAGAUAGUAUAAUCAUUAAGAAUAAAGGACAAGAUAUGGAGUAUAGGAGAAUUUUGAGAUUAGUAAAAUGCCUUGAUCUUUCAAACAACAACAGAAAACAUAGAAACUCUUGAAUUUACUACAAAAGAUGGAAGCAGUUAUAGAGAUAGUAUAAUCAUUAAGAAUAAAGGACAAGAUAUGGAGUAUAGGAGAAUUUUGAGAUUAGUAAAAUGCCUUGAUCUAUCAAACAACAAUUUAUCAGGUAAAAUACCUUGGGAUAUUGAAGCCCUCAAAAGAUUGAUAAUUCUCAAUGUUUCAAGAAAUCAUUUAAGUGGUGAGAUUCCAAAAUCCUUGAGAAGCAUGAUAGCGCUAGAAUCACUUGAUCAUUCCAAAAAUGAAUUGAGUGGGAUGUUUCCUAUUGAACUACAAUAUCUUACAUAUUUGAGCUACUUUGAUGUAUCUUAUAAUCACCUAAAAGGAAUGAUACCACAAGGAGGACAAAUGAUGACAUUUGAUUCUUCCUCAUUUUCCAUCAAUUUAGAACUGUGUGGCCUACAAGUCAAUGUGUCAUGUUCAGGAAAUCAUCUUGCUUCUCCCAAUAAUGAUGAUACAAAUAAAGAAGUGCCAAAGAAAAGAAAGAUAUAUGGUAGGAUGUGGGAAUAGGAAUGAACUGGGCAUUUGGAUUUUCAAUUCUAAUUGGGGUGCUGUUUUUCUCCAAAUCUUGGAAUGCAAAAUGCUUCAGAAUUAUGGAUGACAUUAUGGAUGACAUUAUUGACUUCAUGUUUCAAACAUGAGAAAAAAUUGUAUUGUACCUGUAUAUUCAACAUACAAUAAAUGCUAAAUGCUGAUUGUCAGACCACUAGUAAAAAAAGAGUAAGUUUAAUCAUAAACUUUCUUUAUAUUGUUAACAGAUUCUAGCAGUAAAUCACAAAUUUGCUCUAUAUUGUUAAUGAUUUUGUAGAAUAGCUUAAAAAUAGUUUGUACUUAUCUGAUAAGGCUAAAGUUUGUGUCUUCUGCCCAGGUUUCAAUUGCAAGUCAGCAAUAUCCUGUUGGAUAUUUAAAUCAGGCACUAACAUUCCCAAGUGGAGCACGUUCUAAAGAAAUGCAGUUUACCCUUGUUGAAAAUAGAGAAGUACAUCAAAUUCAUUUAUAUAAUUCUAUCGUUAUCAGUUCUGUGAAUGUCAUGAGGCACGCUUUCAGAGUUGCAUACGUUCAAACAAAAUACUUGGAAAAAAUUAACUCAAUCUACAUGUUACUUCAAUUCUGAUUCUACACAGUGAGUGCUAGAAAUUUACAUAUUGAUUUCUAAACUUUCCGUAUGCAAGAGCAAACAUUUGAUAAGCAUUAUUACUAGUUCUGACCUGUACUGCUCAGCCACUAAAUUAUGUUUUUGAGAUUUAUAUAUUCGCAUGUACAUAGUAGAUAGUAUAUGGUACCAUCAAAUUUGCAAUAAUAAUAUCUCUCCUUGAAGUUGCAAUAACUUCGUUGUUAUCAAAGUCAGCUUAAAUGUCUAAACUAGUUUAGCAUCACUCUUUAUAGGUCAGUGAGUUAAGUGGAAAGAAAAGAUUAUUCAAUUGUACGAUAAACUUCUCAUAUUCUUUGAAGACUCUGAUCUUGGAUGUUUCAUAUGAGUGGAAACGUUCUUUCUUGCCUCCGGCUAGAUUAUUCCUACUGAUGAAUGUUGAUAUGCUUUCAAUGCACAGGUUUUUAAUUCAGAUUUCUCAAUUAUUUUAGCAAAUUAUUAUUAGAGUCUGGGACAAUCAUGUAUUUGUAUAUGGCACCCUAGUCCCAUUCCCAUGCUUCCGGAAAUAGCUGGUACUCACCUUGCAUUGAAUAAUUCUCUUUAAGGCAGAGCUUGUUUGAGCUCUCUCUUUUAGUGUGGUAUUUUUUUUUUUUUUCAAUAAAAGUGGAUUAUUCCACUAAACUUUUUUAUUAAUAUUUUUUAAUUUUUACACAGGAUUCAAAGAGUAUGCCAGAGGAAAGAACCCUGGGAAGAAAACCUCCGGUCACAGCUCAUAAAAUAAACCUAUAGUAUCUAACAGAUCAGUUUAUACACCCCGCCCAAAACCACAUACAAAAUGUGGUUACAACACAUAUAAUAUCAGUUUUGCAUAGAGCCCAUAUGACAAUUUGUCAAAAAAACCCAUCGGAUAAUUUUCAAAUAUAGACAGAGCUGAGCCACUCCAAAGUCUAAACUGAUGGAGGGAAGGUGUUGCUUAACAAGGAAUUUCUACGAAUAUCAUCUUUCCAAAGGGCCAAGGCAAUUAUAAUUGAUCAUCAGCUCAAAGUUUGAGGGGAAUCUAUUGUUCCCAAAUAAUAAUCUCGGGCAAGAGUGAGAGAAAACGCAUGUUAUCCUUUCCACUUGCAGUUGCCGUCAUUGGCCUUACAUUAUUCCAGUUUAAGACAUUUAGUUAAUGUUUAAGAUUGUUCGGAAACCAAAUAAAGUUGUCUUUUGGAACCAGACUUAACACUGUGUGGUUUAGAAAGCAAUCUUUGUAGGGAAAGCAUAAAAUUCAUGGCAUCUUCGAACUGAUUUGAAUGUUGAGAAAGAUGCUAAUAAAGGAUGCUUCCACUUUUAAUACCAAGCCUCAAGAUGCAUAAACAAUAGGCACAUCUAAUAUUUCAGCGUUUGAAAGUGCUAGCCCUAAUAAAAUGUUAAUUGUUGCUUGGUUGACAUUAUAUGAUUAAUAGCAGAAAGUACUGUUGAUAGAAAGAUUGUUCAGAACAAGAGGAAGGAUCUUGAAUCACUUACCUAGGCUAGUCAGCUACACAGAGCAUAUGAAAGGUACUGACACAGAACAGUUCUUUCACAAUGCCAAUUCAGAAUACAGGUGAUAAAUGCUUAAACUUCACCAACAGUUCUAUGGAGCAUGCGAUUUCAGAUUUUCAUCCAAGCAAAUAUUGAUGAAGCUUGCAAAUUGGAAAAUAUUGUUGUGAGAAGCACGGCAGUGAACAGUGUUUCGAUGUUCAAGACUCAACACCGUGGGGCUCAGAAAACAAUCUUUGUUGGGAAAGCACAAGCUUCAUGGUGUUUUCAGAAUUGAAGCAAAUGGUAAGAAAAAUGCGAAUGGGAAGAAUACUUCCAGCUUUAAUAUCAAGCAUCGAGAUGCAAAGACAAUGGGCAUAUCUACUGUUUCAGGAAUUGAAGGUGCUAGUCCAAAAUAAAAUGUUAAUGUGUUGCUUGGCGGGCAAUACAAAAUUAACAGUAGGAAGUAAUACUGAUGGUAAGAUUGUUCAGAAUAAGAGGGAGGAUGAACUUAGGGAUAUUGGUUCGAUUGCCUUGGAUGGCUUGCCUGGGUUACUGAAUUUCACUGAGCAUAUGAAAGGAAGAGACACAGAUCAAUUCUCUCACAAUACCAAUUCAGAAUUUAGGUGAUAAAAUCCACCAAAAUUUCUAUGGAGCAUGGGAUUUCAGAUUGUCUUUGAAAAAAGUUGAUUUGAUUUCAUCAAAAUAUAGUACUCACUCGUCCCCAAUAAUAAGUUUUUACUUUUUAGAGAUGCAAGAAGAUGAAAUGCAUAAUGUUACAGCAGGUUCAAAGGGAAGAUGGAUUUGGAGCCAAGAAAAAGAGUAACCCUUUCAAUGCUGGUAUCAUUGGACAUGAUAAUAAACAAUGUUCGAGUUGUAUCUUGAAUUCUUGAUAUGCAGUGUGCACAGGAACUCUGCCUCUGAGAAGGUCCUGGUCCCUGGAUGGUCUGUCCAUCCUAACAUGACUAUACACCUAGUUAUAAUCAUGGUCGAGGGCUUGUGUCCAGUUAUCCACUUCAUUAUGCUUCUGGUCAUCUAGUUGGUAAUUCCCUUAUCCAGCUACGAACUCCAGGCAGGAACCUUCACAGGCGAGGAAAGUCUUUGGCCAAGAAGGGGAACUGAAAUGUACUUGUCAAGUCUGCAGAUACAUUGUUAGAGCCAAGAAGAGGAGUGCUGCAAAAUCUUGUGUCUGCCAACUCUCAUGCAGUUAUAGGAAUGCAUCCACCAUCCAAUAUUAGUGGCAUGGAAAUAAUUUCUUCCUUUAUAGGAAUAAGCCCAGCUGGCCUUUAGUUGUACUUGUCAUACUUUAUAUUAAUAUAAAUGGCACAACUUUUUAAUCUAACUGCCUGGAUUUUAAUAUAUCAAGCCUCAAGAUGCAUAAACAAUAGGUACACAUACUAUUUCAGCAUUUGAAAGUGUUAACUCUAAUAAGAUGUUAAUUAUUGCUUGCUUGGCAAUACAGAAUUAACAACAGAAAGUACGGUUGAUAGAAAGAUGUUUAGGAUGGGAUGCAAAUGCUUAUUCUAUAAAGGAUGGUGGUGAGAGGAAGAGUGGAGGUACAAGUCAGUUUGGGUGGCUUUACAAUAAACACUAUGAGCUAAGGUUUCAUUUGGUUUUCUGGUGUGAAGAAUGUCAAAAAAGAGGAGCUGGUUAUUGGAUUCAAUCUCUUUGAUAAAAGAGGUGCAAUGAACUAAAUUGUUUAAAUGAGAAUGGAAUUCCUCAAGCUUCUUCCAACCAUGGGACCAACAAAUGUUAGUGCCAUCAACAUAGCGCUACCACCACUUUGAUUUCAAGGGAAAGGCUCAAAGUGGUCGAUGUAGAGAUUGACCACAAUCGGAGAAAGAGGAGAACCCAUAGCAACUCAAUCUACCUGUUCAUAAAUUAUACCUUGGAAAGAAAAGAAAGUCGAUCUAAGGCAUAAUUCAACCAGGUCAGCAGUCUCAUUGUUGGUCUUCUACCUAAUCAUCUCGAUGGAGUCAGGGAUGGGCACUUUGGAAAAGGGCGAGACAACAUCAAAGCUUACUAAAGCCAUUGUCAUCCAGUUUCUUAACAUGGAUGAAAUCAAUAAAGUGGGCAAAAUUCUUGAAGAAGGAAUUUGAUUUACCAGAAAGAGGAGAGAUGAGCUUUAGCCAAGUGGGCAGCAAGUUUAUAGGAUGGGGAGUCCAUCGUGUCCACUAUGGGCCUCAAGGUUAUGGAUUUUUGGCACACCAUAAAUACGGCAGGUCAUCUCUUUAGAGGGAAAUAAACUCUUUUUGGUGGCCUCAUCAAAGGACUUUUUAAAUAACCUUGGAAACGGGGUUGGAAUCUAAGAUUAUGUAGCUGCUACAAUCUGGUAAGAGGUCAAGUGUUUUGGACAGAUAGCAAUGUUAUAGUCAUUAUGAGCAAAUGUGACUAUCUGUCUAAAAUGCAUAUAGCAUUUUCAAAUUAUCUUGGAUAAAAUUUUUAUAUGGAUUAUUAUCAUUAUGGAUUAUGGAAA